AUGGAUCCACCCCCUGGAUUUCGGGCUGAGGGGGAGUAUGCUGGGAAAGUCUGUAGGCUAUGGAAGUCUCUUUAUGGUCUGAAGCAAUCUCCUAGAGCUUGGUUUAGUCGUUUCAGCAUGUUGUUUUAUCCAUGGGCUUUGUGCGCUGCUACUCAGACCAUACUUGUUUUAUUCGACGUCGCUCUGAUUGAUACUGGCAUGCUUGGGUGUCGACCCACUUCCACUCCUAUGGACCCCAAUCUUAAACUCUCUAUUGAGUCAGGGGAAUUAUUUCCAGAUCCAUCCAUGUAUCAACGUUUAGUAGGUCGUCUUAUCUACUUGACUAACACAAGGCCUGAUUUGACAUUUGCUGUUAGUGUGAUUAGUCAAUUCAUGCAUGCCCCUCGCUCAGCUCAUAUGGAUGCAGUCUACCAUAUUUUGAGGUACCUUAAGUCGUGCCUUGGUCUUGGUUUGUUCUAUGCCUCAGGAAAUCAGUCUAGACUCUCAUGCUUUACUGAUGCAGACUAUGCUGGAUGUAAGACAGAUAAACGUUCUACCUCUGGCUUCUGUACUUUCUAUGGUAAUCAUCUCAUAUCAUGGAAGAGUAAGAAGCAGGUUGUUGUUUCUAGAUCCUCUGCUGAAGCUGAAUACUGA